AUGGUUGUUGAAAAAGAAGUCGAAACGGCUUAUCGCUCCAACAUCGAUGUCUCCAAACUGACUCCUUUCAGAGCUCCAUACCGCCUUUAUAUCACCCCGUUCGAAGAAAUUGUUGCCCACCAAUAUCGAGGGGAAGGAACGCACGAUACGCCAUUUAUAGUUGACUGGAUACCGAAUGAUCCAGAGAAUCCACGAACUUGGAGAAAGGUUUACAAAUGGUUGUUAACUGUGUUUGUUUCUUUGGCCACAUUGUCCGUUGCAUUUUGUUCAUCAGCGUACGUCGGUAAUUUUGAAGGUGUGAUGAAAGAGUUUGGCUCUUCAGUAGAAGUCACCACACUUGGUAUUUCAUUGUUCGUCCUCGGAUUUUCGUUAGGUCCUCUCCUUUGGGCACCGUUCUCUGAAAUGUUUGGUCGACGCAUCAUCUUCAUAAUUACGUAUUUGGCAUUAGUAGCAUUCAAUGUUGGAUCUGCUGGAUCUCAAAACAUAUGGACUUUGCUGAUUCUUCGAUUUUUAGCUGGUGCUUUUGGUUCUUCACCACUCACAAAUGCUGCGGGAACAAUAGCUGAUAUUUUCUCAGCCAAAGACCGUGGUCUCGGUAUAGUCGUGCUUGCUAGUGCUCCAUUCCUUGGACCUACUUUGGGACCCAUUAUUGGAAAUAUAAUUGGUCAAUCAAUUGGAUGGAGGUGGAUUCAAGGAGUCAUGGCUAUCUAUACCGCUGUGUUUGUCUUAGUUGGAAUUCUCGUUUAUCCGGAAACGUAUGCACCUGUUCUUAUUCGUCAAAGAGCAAAUAAACUUUCCAAAGUCACAGGAUUCGUUUACCGUUCGAAAUUUGAAGAACAUGAACAAAUUCGUUUUGGUCACCUUUUGAGAACAUCACUCUCUCGACCAUGA